AUGUCACUCAACUUAUGCGCUUAUUGACUGAGCGCUGGCAAUGCGCCGGUAAUACUUGGAAGCGCUCAAGACGCUCAUAUGGGGGAAAUGCCUCCCUUCGACGCUUUGCGACCGUAUGAAAAUACCGCACACCCUUGUCAUUUUACUCACUACUAGAGUUUAGUUAGUUGAAUGGCAGGCGACAACGUGUGUGCUUAACAGAUGAUUAACUGAAUGGCUGGCAAACUUAAAAAAAUAUAUAUUUAAUAAAACAAAAUAUGUAUACUAAAUUAUAAAGAAAAACAUAAGUUUAAAAAAUAAAAUAUACACCAAUUAAUUUAUAUAAAGUAGUGUAAUUCAUAAAAGCAAACGCAAAUUGGGGCAAAACGCAACCGUUCAGACUACUUUGCAACAAAUUGAAAAAAAUCGAUUUUUUGUGCGUAAGCAUUCGCAUGUGUACACAAGUGAGCGAAAUUCGUGGCGGUGGCGCAAGUUAAAAAUAUACUACAUCAUAAAUUUGCUAUUAAAACAAAGUGAAUUGCAUUUCAACGCAGACAAAUUCAAAAUAUUUGAGGCGGUACACUUAAAAAAAAAAAAAUUUAGAAAAAAAUCUAAACUUCGAAAGCGCUUGCAAUGAAUACGAAAAGCGAGUGCGCCAUCCGCCCGUUGUUGGCAGUAUCCAGCCGGGGGAGCAACAGUGAAAGCGAAAGCAAAAACAACAAUUGUAGCAGCAAAGCCGUCAGCAAUAGCAGGAAGCCGUUCGAUACGCCCACCGCCACUGUGCCGCUGCUGGAUCAGCGCUUCUCGCAGCCAGUACAGGGCGUGUUUCCGCAGAAGCGGCAGGAUGUGCUGAAAUGGUAUGGCUGGGGCUACAAAGACUCGCAGUUCUACGCGGAUAAUGGCGUCAUUGGCUUCAAGGGUGACAAGUACCCGCUGGAAGGUUGCACCCUACCCUACUUCACCGACUGGGUUCACAGUAAAUUCAACUUGCGCGUCAGCAACAAAACUGCAUACCCAAAAAUGCCUACCGAAUUCCCGGCACCCACCGUAAAUGCGUCCUUCUUGCGUGACCUGGAAGCGACCAAGCUCGCGUGCUCGCGCUCUGGCGAAGAUCGGCUGAUACGUUGUCACGGCCAGACGCUGCACGAUAUCUACCUCCUUUGGCACAAUGAGUUCAAACGCAUACCCGACAUUGUCGUCUGGCCGCGCAGCCAUGAGGAUGUCGUGCAGCUGGUCGCGCUGGCGCAUAACCACAAUGUCGUUGUUAUACCCUACGGCGGCGGAACUUCGGUCUCUGGUUCCAUAACUUGCCCGCAGUCGGAGACACGCAUGAUCUGCGCGUUGGAUACUUCGCAAAUGAAUCGGAUGCUGUGGCUGAAUAAAGCUAACUUGACUGUAUGCUUUGAGGCGGGUAUUGUGGGGCAAGACUUGGAGCGCGAACUGCGCAAAAUCGGCUUGACUGUCGGCCAUGAACCGGACAGUUAUGAGUUCUCGACGCUUGGCGGCUGGGUGGCUACGCGCGCUUCGGGUAUGAAGAAGAACGUCUAUGGGAAUAUAGAGGAAUUGGUGGUGCGCAUGCGCAUGGUUACCGCUACUGGCGGUGUGCUGGAGCGCGAAUGUAUGGCACCGCGCGUAUCGUGCGGCCCAGACUUCAACCACAUCGUUAUGGGCUCUGAGGGCACACUUGGUGUAGUCACCGAGGUGGUGCUGAAGGUGCGGCCACUGCCACCGGUUAAGCGCUACGGAUCGCUGGCCUUUCCCGAUUUCGAUAGCGGCGUGCAAUUUAUGCGCGAAGUAGCGCGUCGACGUUGUCAACCGGCGUCGGUGCGGUUAAUGGACAACGAACAGUUCAUUUUGGGACAAACGCUGAAGCCAGUCAAAGGUUGGCUCGCCAAUUUUUUCGAUGCUUUGAAGAAAGCGUAUGUUACGGUGUGGAAGGGACUGGACUUGACGAAGAUGUGUGCGGCCACAUUGCUGUUUGAGGGCGAAGCGGAGGAUGUGCGACGGCAGGAGGCGCUCAUUUACGAAAUUGCAAAGCAGUUCAAAGGAUUUCCGGCAGGUGGUCAGAACGGCGAACGUGGCUACAUACUGACUUUUGUUAUUGCGUACAUAAGGGAUUUCGCACUAAAUCAACAAAUUGUUGCCGAAUCCUUUGAGACAUCUGUGCCCUGGGAUCGCUGCAGCGCGCUAUGUCGAAAUGUGAAGCGGCGUGUGGAAGUUGAAUGUCACUCUCGCGGCAUUAGGGACUUCCUUAUAUCCUGUCGCGUCACACAAACGUACGAUGUGGGCGCGUGCGUUUACUUCUAUUUCGGCUUCAAGCACACUGGCAUCGCCGAUCCUGUCGCAACAUUCGAGGCGAUCGAAACGAGUGCUCGCGAUGAGAUACUCGCAUCGGGCGGUUCGCUCUCGCAUCAUCAUGGCGUUGGUAAAAUACGCAGCAAAUGGUAUGAAAAAACCGUGUCAAGUACGGGCAGUGCGCUAUAUUUGGCGGCAAAAAGGCAGUUGGAUCCCAAGAAUAUUUUCGCUGCGGGCAAUCUGCUAACCGAGCAAAAAUGGCAAGAGGAAAGCCAAAGGAGUGGCGAAGCAGUGGCGCCACAAGAUACCACCGUUGCGCCGAAUUCAUUGGUCAAGGCGAAACUUUAAUGCAUUAGUUUGAAAUUGGCUUAAGCGAAUGUAGCGGAAUUGAUUGAAAGUGUGUCCUUUUUUACUUUUGUAAUAGCGCAAGGUUAUGUUUGUUGUUAUGUAACAAGAACUUAAUUUUUUUACUUGGAAUUUUUUUUUUAUCACUUGCCAUAUUUUCUGUACACAAUAGUAUUACGAGCGGUUUAGUAUAGAUACAUAUGUAUGUAUAACUUAGAAGUUAUUUGUUCUGUUAAUAUUGGAUAAGAAUUAAAUUGUUUAACAAAAAAUAUUUCGUUAUUAUAAUGAUCCAAACCAUUAUGUAGGUUUUUGCUUUUUGUAAGGUUUGAAUCUUUUUUGAAAUUUUAUAUGUAUUGAAAACAAUAAAGAAAAAAAUUAAACCUUAGCCAGAGUACUUUCUAAACCGUUAAAAAAACAUAAAAGAUUUAUGACGAAUAAAACUUCCGUUAUUCACGCACCACGGUUUCCAUAAAGCACUUAUGGAAAUACUACCACCACAGGACUGAAAUAAACAUUAGACUGGUUAAAAAAAAUUGACUAU